AUGAAGGUUCUUAGAUUGAAUGAGAAAUUAGGAUUAAUGUUUGUUAGUAUAAGAGUUAGGAAGAAUGUAGAAGAAAAGUUGGAAUUUGUUGAUUCCCUUCAGAGAAACUUUGUGUCAUUCGAGAAAGACUACAUUGAAAAAAAGGUCUAUUCGUAUACGGCUCUCUAUGAUCAUCUACUAGGCAUGAUGCAGGUUUAUGAAAAUGAGGAAUUGCACGAUUUGGUAAACAGGAUCCGUUUGAAACCUUUUGUUACAUCAAUAAAAUGUAUAGAUGAGAUUAUAUGUACUUGUGAAAAAUUAUGUAACAUUAUAUAUGGCUCAAACGUAGAGGGAGAAGAGGUUGUGGUGGGUUUUGAUGAAGAAGUAGUAACACUACUCGAUCAACUUACUUCAAGUUCUAUAAAGUCACUCCAGGUUAUCUCAAUUGCCGGAAUGGCUGGGCUCGGUAAGACUACUCUGGCUACAAAACUGUACAACCAUCCUUUAGUCGAGUACUUCUUUGAUAUUCGAGCUUGGACCUGUGUUUCUCAAGUUUAUCAAGUUAAAGAUUUGUUACUCAAUAUAUUUAGCUCUUUUAUCCAUGAGCUUACUGAUGAGAUUUAUGAAAUGAGUGAUACGCAGUUGGGGGAAAAGCUAUACAGACUACUAAAGGAUCGUAAAUAUUUGGUGGUGUUGGAUGAUAUUUGGGAUUCUAAGGCCUGGAAUGAUCUCAAAAUGUAUUUUCCAGAUGAUAAAACAGGAAGCAGAGUCCUGUUUACCAGUCGUGACAUAGACAUCGGUUCACACGUAGAGGCGGCAAGACCUACUCAUGUUUUGCGUUUCCGUAAUGAAGUAGAAAGUUGGGAUUUGUUUCGAAGAAAGAUCUUCAGGACUGGAAUAUGUCCUUUUUCGCUGGAAGCUUUGGGAAGGGUGAUUGCAAGAAAAUGUGAAGGUUUGCCUCUUGCAAUUGUCAUAAUGUCUGGUCUUUUGAAAAAUAAUAUGUCAAAUGAGUGGUGGAGGCAAAUUGCCGAACAGGCAAAAUUGUUUAUGGUGAGUAACCCAAGCCAAUACAUGGAUUCUCUGGCUUUGAGCUACAACGAUUUGCCGCCUCACUUAAAACCCUGUUUUCUCUUUUUUGGAUCAUUUCCUGAGGACUAUGAGGUAUCCGUGAGAAAGCUGAUUUACCUAUGGAUUGCUCAAGGAUUCAUACAUCAAAGUGGAAGCAAAAUCUUGGAGUAUGUUGCAAUGGAUUUCUUGAUGGCCUUAAUCAAUAGAGGUUUGCUGAUGACUUCUAAAACGAAGGCUGAUGGCCGAAUUAAAGCAUGCCGAAUCCAUGACUUGUUGCGGGAUUUUUGCUUGAGAAAAUCUUUGGAAGAAAAUUUUUCUCUAUUGAGUUACAAGUAUCCUCUUGUUAGCGUUGCAGCGUCUUCCUUGUAUUGUGUUGUUACACGAGAUUCCGGUAACAUAAGAGUUAAGCGAAAUAAAACUUCAGUAGAUACUCCUCCACGACUCACCCACUCCGGUUUAUGUUAUCCAUAUGAGUUAAGCGAUAUUAUUAAAGAGGGUAGACCAAUUCAUUAUGAAAGUUACAAAACGGUUAGGGUUCUUGAUAUGGAGAAUGUCCCUAUGUCUGUAUUUCGUUCUGAUGUAGUACACCUUAGUGAGCUAAGAUACUUGGCAAUUCAAGCUUUUAAUGGAAGUCCCCCGGCAUCAAUAUCCAACCUUGUAAACUUACAGACGCUGAUAAUAUUGUCAAAGAGGAAUAUUGUCCUACCAAAAACCAUAUGGAAUAUGGUAAGUUUGAGGCACCUCUGUAUCAGAUCAGGGGAAAACCAUAUUGAGGAGCCAAAAUUAGUACAAGUAGGAGACAAUGAUGGUUCUCCAAAUUUGUUGCCUAACCUGCAAACAUUAUCCCAAGUGAGUCCUCAGUCUUGCCAGGAUAUGUCGUCAAGAGCUCCCAAUCUUAGGAAGCUUGGGUUUUGUGGAUCCUUAAUAUCAAGACUAGGUGAUUUGGAAUUCCCAAAUGUAAGCUCUUUGCAAAACCUCCAAAAAUUGAAGCUAUUAAACACAGUUCCAUACCCGGAAGCAACAAGAUCAUGCAAUCCUGUUCUGUUUCCCGAGAAUCUUAGGAAACUAACGUUGUCAAAUACGGGAAUGGAUUGGGAAGAGAUGUGGACUUUCUCCUUGCUACCCAACCUUGAGAUUCUAAAAUUAAAAUUUCAUGCAUGCACAGGAGAAUUGUGGGAGACAGGAGAUGCAGAAUUUCCACAGCUCAAAGUCUUGAAAAUGCAUUAUUUGGACAUCAAGUAUUGGGUUAGUUCCAGGGAUAACUUCCCACGACUACAACGAUUAGUGGUUCACCGUUGCUCCAAACUCGACAGUAUCCCACUUGAUGUAGGAAGAAUUUUAACAUUGGAGGUGAUCGUGGUUCGUGGAUGUAGCACUUCUGCACAUAACUCUGCAAUAGAAAUCCAAAAGGAGCAAGAGAAUGAAGGAAACUCUUUCUUGAAAGUCCAUGCAAAGCCAGAGUUAGAAAUCCAGAAAGAGUAAUAGUGGCUUUCAUUUCAAACCUUUUACCUUUUCUGCAAGAAAUUUUUGAUCAAUUGUGAUGUCAUCAAUGUUGUAACUGUUGGAUAUGUGACAUGAAUCUUACUUGUGUAAUAGUGUUGCUAUUAGCAUAGAUAAGCUAUAUUUUUUUUUAUCA